AUGGAAUUGUAUGGCUGCCCAGGAUGUGUGUCACCGUAUGGCAUGAAAAAUCGCAAAAUUUCUGAUUCCCAAAUUAAGUCGUCUUCUCAACUGGACGAAAAUCUUUCUGCAAAGCAUUCCAGGUUACAUUCAAAAGCAAACAGAGAAAAUGGAGGAAGCUGGUCAGCACUUAAAAAUGACGUAAAGCAAUGGCUUCAGGUGGACCUCGGUAGUUACAUACGGGUGACGGACAUAGCUACUCAGGGAAGAAAUGGGCACGACGAGUGGGUGACAAAGUUCAGGCUGCAAUGCGGCGAAGAUGAAGAUAUCUUUCAUUUCUUUGAGGAUCCAGAAGAUUUUGCUGCGAUGGUUUUCAAAGGAAAUGCAGACAGCGACACUGUUGUGUACAACGCACUGGCUCCACCAAUCAUAACGCGUUAUAUUCGAUUCAAACCAGCGGAGUGGCACAAUCGAAUAUCAAUAAGGAUCGAGAUCUAUGGCUGUCCAGGUUGCAUAAAUCCUCUUGGAAUGGCAUAUGGAUCAAUAUCUGAUAUUCACAUAACAGCAUCAUCACAAUUGGAUGGCAAUCACUCCGCAUCACAGGCCAGGUUACAUUUCCAAGCCGAUGGUUACAAAGUUGGGGGUUGGUCAGCUCUCUCAAAUGACCGUAACCAAUGGCUUCAAGUGGAUUUUGGUAAGUACACAACAGUGACGCGCUUGGCGACUCGGGGGGUGGAUGGCUACAAUCAGUGGGUUACCAAAUACAUGUUACAAUACAGUGACGAUGGAAUAAACUUCCACCUCUACAAGGAAGCCAAGUCCAGUUCUGCAAAGGACCACCCCAAGGAUUUUGAGUGUGUCCUUUGUAUGGACAUUAGAAUCAUUAAGAUGGAAAUCAUACUGUCAACAGAGUCUCCUGAAUGUUCCUCCGCAGUCUCAAAAACCUCGCCAGUGGAGUUUGAAUCGCAUGCCGCCGAAGACCGAGAGACUGUUGUUUAUAACGUGUUGAGCUCACCAAUAACCACACGCUACAUCCGAUUGAAGCCGGUGGCCUGGAACGACCACAUAUCGAUGAGAAUAGAAAUCUACGGCUGUCCAGGUUGUGCAGCACCCCUUGGCAUGGAUAGCGGAGCAAUCACCGAUGCACAGAUAAGUGCUUCUUCACAGUGGAAGGAUAACCAUGCGGCCAGGCAAGGAAGGUUGCAUUAUAAGAGAGUUUUUGGCACCUCCGGUAGUUGGUCAUCACUUAGAAAUGAUUUAAACCAAUGGUUUCAAGUGGAUCUUGGUCAAUACACUACAAUAACUGGUAUAGCGAUCCAAGGCAGAAAUCAUCCAAGGAUAGACCAGUACGUGACAGCAUAUAAGUUACAGUAUAGUGACUAUGGAGUAUCUUUUCAGUUUUUCAAGGAGACGCCACUCGAAGCUGAGAAGACAACGUCUUCGAUGCGAAAGCCACGGAGUACUCUUGGCCAUCGAUCAGCUGUGAAAGAACGGCACCGAGGGCAACACCCGAAGCAUCUGCUGAGACAACGGUGA